CUCCGAACGGUGAUGAAUAGGAGGGACAGUUUCCCCCCCUCCGCACGGGAGACAUUAUCCUUGCAGUGUUUUAGGCUGUUUUGAAAUUCUUUUCUUUAGAAGUGAUUUUUUCCCUUAAUAUCAAAGAGCUGCUGCUGUCCCUGUGGCUAGCGCACCGGGGCCGAGGACACGGCGGCGCGGCUGGUGACCAUGCAGACUAACGAUGGAGCAGCCGGGGACGCGCUCUCCAGGGUCUGCAAGCCGCGCACACCUUGACUGACAGCGGAUUCCUCUCCACAGGUUUCCCCGUGGGAACGUGCCCCACGCGAUCGUUCGGUUUUCUUUAAAAAAUCGUGGAAGGGGCUCGGCCAGCGGAGGGGCCGGGUGCGGGGGCCGCGGGAGCGCAUCGAGACCCGGCUCCGGCCCUGCGGUGCGCGCGGCCGCGGACGGGCUCUGCGGGCCGGUCCCGCUCCAGGUCCCGCGGGGGAGCGGCAGCGGCAAGGGGCGGCGCGGGGCCCGAGAGCCCGCUCUGGGCCGCCUAGCGCGCGGAAGGCGCGGCCGAACGCUCCCGGAGCCCGCCGCUCCUGCCCGGGGCUCGGCGGCUCGGCGGGGUCUGGACGGGCGGGGACACCGCGUGGAGCGCACCCGCCAAGGCCAGAUGUACCAGAACCCCGCUGCGACGCUCCCGCCCGCACUGAAGCCCCGCUUCGUAAAGAAAGUCCUAGCCUGUCCGCGCCGGGUCCCGAGAGAGGCGGCGGCACAGCAACGAGUGUGAACGCCGCACAGGAGGUUUGUCCCCGCCCGCGCGCCGUACCGCCGGCCCAGCAGGGCACGGCGCGCGGCCGAGAUGGGCGAGACCAUGUCGAAGAGACUGAAGCUGCAUCUGGGCGGGGACGCAGAAAUGGAAGAGCGGGCGUUUGCCAAUCCCUUCCCGGACUACGAAGCCGCCGCCUCAGCGGUAUUCGGCGCUGGAGCGACCGAGGAGGCAGGGUGUGCUCGCCCCCUGCCCGCCGCUGACGAGCCCGGCCUCCCUUUUCACAACGACGGGAAGAUCAUUCAUAAUUUCACAAGGCGAAUCCAGAGCAAAAUCAAAGAUCUUCUACAGCAAAUGGAAGAAGGGCUGAAGACAGCUGAUCCGCAUGAUUGCUCUGCUUAUACUGGUUGGACAGGCAUAGCCCUUCUGUACCUGCAGUUGUAUCGGGUCACAUGUGACCAGACCUACCUGCUCCGAUCCCUGGAUUACAUAAAGAGGACACUUCGGAAUCUGAAUGGCCGCAGGGUCACCUUCCUCUGUGGAGAUGCUGGGCCCCUUGCCGUAGGAGCUGUGGUCUAUCAUAAACUCAAAAGUGAUUCUGAGUCCCAGGAAUGCAUCACAAAACUUUUGCAGCUCCAGAGAACCAUUGUCUGCCGAGAUUCAGACCUUCCCGAUGAGCUGCUUUACGGACGGGCAGGUUAUCUGUAUGCCUUGCUCUACCUGAACACGGAGAUCGGUCCGGGAACUGUGUGUGAGUCGGCUAUUAAAGAGGUAGUCAGUGCUAUUAUUGAAUCGGGCAAGAUCUUGUCAAGGGAAGAAAAGAAGACUGAGCGCUGUCCCCUCUUAUAUCAGUGGCACAGGAAGCAGUAUGUUGGAGCAGCCCAUGGCAUGGCUGGAAUCUACUACAUGUUAAUGCAGCCAGCAGCAAAAGUGGACCAAGAAAUCUUAACAGAAAUGGUGAAACCUAGUAUUGAUUAUAUGCGCCACAAAAGAUUCCGAUCUGGGAAUUAUCCUUCAUCAUUAAGCAAUGAAACAGAUCGAUUGGUCCAUUGGUGCCAUGGUGCCCCGGGUGUCAUCCACAUGCUUAUGCAAGCUUACAAGGUUUUUAAGGAGGAGAAGUACUUGAAAGAUGCCAUGGAGUGCAGUGAUGUGAUUUGGCAGCGAGGUUUGCUACGGAAGGGCUAUGGGAUCUGCCAUGGGACUUCCGGAAAUGGCUACUCUUUCUUGUCCCUUUACCAUCUCACGCAGGAUAGAAAGUACCUCUACCGAGCUUGUAAGUUUGCAGAGUGGUGUCUAGAAUAUGGAGCACAUGGGUGCCGCAUUCCUGACAGACCCUAUUCUCUUUUUGAAGGCAUGGCUGGCGCGAUUCACUUUCUCUCUGACGUCCUCGUUCCGGAGACAUCACGGUUUCCAGCGUUUGAACUUGGCUCUUCACAGAGAGACAAAAAGGUGCAAAAAGACUACUAAGACACCUGUUUGGACCAAAAGACACCAGAUUGCUUAGUGCGUGACACAGAACCAACUGUGAAUCCUGAAAGGGGGAAAAAAGGAGAAGUAGACACCGUCACAGGCCCACUUGUGUUGCCAAGACCCUCAAGUUAGAGCAUGAGUGACAGAAACCAUCCCAUCAGCGUUGUGUGACAGUGUUCCCCUCACUGGUGUAAAAUAUGAAUUCUUCACAUCCAGUUCAGUGUAGUGUUGCAUGUUUCUUGGUACUUGUUGUCUGUAGGGGUAAGUUGUUCUAAACGGAAAACUCUCCUCUUUCUGUGAGCCUGGAGCUGACCAUGCCUGAGAGCAUGGCACAGCCUCUUCUCUGUAUAUAGUAUCUAAAGUGGGAUGGCUUUGAUAUUGACACACAGUGAAUAGUUGGGUGGUGUCUCUUCUGUAUCAGAAAGGUGCUCUAGGGUGAUAUCCUACUGAUAAUGCUUUUUCAGCAUUUUCUGUGGGAACCUUUCAGAUGAGCAAGAGGGAAAGACCACUCCAAAAAUUGAAAAGAAACACAACAGAUAAGAGGGGGUUUUACUGGAAUGGUUGAGGGGGUAAGCCUUUCCACAAGGAAGUUGAAUGCUCCCUCUGUGUCUUGCGUUCACCUUAGUGCUUUUACAAAGCCACAGAGGGUGCAUUGCAGCCACUCUCAGCAGAGGAAUCAGGCACUUGGUGUGAAGUUCCGAAGGCUCUCUGCAGUCCACAGCAGCAGUGCCCAGGGAGUGGACUUCAUGACAGCAGGACAACACCCCAGGGAAGGCUUUUCAUGACCACAUUGUAAAUCAAGUAGCAGUGACCAUGCGUUGGCAAUUCUAGAGUCUAUGUACAUUAUUAAAACAGGCUGAGCCUCAGUUUUAUCAACAUCCCAGCUUAUUAUUAUAAGUUCAGUGGCUGCAAUUCCAGAUACCUGAUAAGCAGAAAGAUUCAACUGUUCCCAUGUCUCUGCAAUUAAACUUAUUUCAAAAUUUAGUAAGUUAUCAAAAGUAUAAAUUUGGGGUUAUUUUUUUGUCCACUAUUUGGGUGAUAAAGUCUCACAUUUGGUGAAAUGUAUUAAGCAUAAAAGUACUAGUUUGCAUUUGUCCAUAUGGGAAACAUAAUCUUCUAACCAAGAAAAUCGUGGUAUUCUCUGUCUGACAUUUUUUAUUUAAAAUAUGGGCGUUAAUGUAGAUUGGCAUAAGUUUUUAAAAGAGCUUUGUCAUCACAUUACCAGUGGUCUAGGACUUUUACGUGUGUCUAUCUUAUGAGCUAAGGCCUGGGUUAUAAAAGACAGGAUAGGUCUCUCUGAUGUCUGGUCCUUGUUUGCAAGGGACAGUCUAGACAUUUGUUAGCCCUUGUUUCCACUUCUUUGAUAAGGGAGAAAGAAGAACAUCAACAUGGAAGACAAAUAUCCUUCAUGCAUGCAGUUCUUAGGAUUUUGGGGGCUGACACCCUAACAUAUGACCUUCAGUUUCUAAGUGAUGCCUCAUGAAACUCUUCAUUGCAGAUACGCUUGUUUCCAAGCCAUGACUAUUUUCUUCCAAGUAGGUUGACAACUUCUGUGGGUGUAAAUCCCCUUGGUUAUAUUCUAACCGACUUCUGGGCCUAGUAAUAUGCUUCUCAGGCAGCCCUUGUUAACCUGAAGGCGGAAUAUACUGUCAUGAGUAAGCUGAGGGGUCUGUUUGGCAGAAGAGCUCAUGUGAUAUCAGCACUGCUUCCUCCUCCCCAUGCACCUCAUCCAUACCACACAGGACAGAGCGUAUAGUGAGUUCCUGCCUGCUUCACCCAUGGCUGCCCUCAAGGCUUCGGCUCAAAGUUGUGCCCAAGCUGUCUCAUUUCUCAGGGGAAGCCGGGAGUCCUGCCCAGGAAUCACCCUGAGGCCCCCCCAUACAGCCUGUCUCAGCAAGAGGGAGGCAGCUCAUGGAAGCCCUGAUUCUGGCCACAUAUCUCCAGACCAGAAACAGUGAGGGUGACUCCUAGUUAUCUGGGUGUCUCGCCAUGUAUUUUCAUACUUGUUAGGCUUGUUUCUGACUAACACACUAAAGGGAAGAUAAAAUACUUGUGGAAUAAAUGGAGGAGAUUUUAUUUACAGGGUUUUUUUUUUUAAGGUCAGCUGGAUUGAUGCCUUCAUACUUACCCACUAGAUGUUAACAGAUGUGUAGCUUUGUUAUUCUAUAUGAACUCACUUCCUAGGGUCUGUUACAUGGUCCACUACAUAAUGUUCCAGCUCUCAGUCCCUGUGGCAGAGGAGAAGUGGCAUGUACUUCAAAGAACAGAAGACCUACAGAAGUCAGUUUAAUAGUUCUAAGUGUCUGAAUUCUGACCUCAGAACAUCUCACCAUGAUUUCUUGGAUUUGUUUGUGUCCUCCAAGAUGUGUCUAAAUUUUAAAAAUAUGUAUAUGCACAAUACCAUUUUAAAAUUUGAAAGGAAAAAAAUUGAUGUCCACAAAAAGUGUGUGUGGUUCUUUGGUUUUGUUAGUAAAGACAAUUUUGUGGUGAUAA